CUCCUCCUGCCAACCAUCCCGCUUCGACUGUGUCCAGUUGUUAAAUUCAUCCAUGUGAUUCUGCAACACUGUAAAAUAAUAUUCAUUUCUUUGGUAAGAAGUAUGUGUGUUUCUGUUCUUAAAUUGAUCAUCAUCAGCCUGGACUCCAGUGGAUUUGAACAUGUAUUUGUUGGCGAGACAAAAUCAGGAACAGAAAUCAUUGGUUUUCACAACUGGGUCCAGUUCUACCUGCAAGAGAAAAACCAACACUUGGACUACAAAGGAUAUAAGGCCAGGGAGCAUGAUUUGCCUGAUCAAGAUGACCACGUUCUCAACCUCCAGUUCAGCUGGAACGGUGUGGUGAUGCCCGUUGGCAGCGGCUUCAUCGGCACCAGCCCCGAGUUUGAGAUGGCCGUCUUCACCAUCGUCUUCCUCAUGAACACAGAGAGAAGCACCACAGUUGUGGUCAACAUUGACCAGUGUCAGAUGGAGCUGGUGGUCAUCAGACACGGGCGCUCACUCGGGACGGCGUACUGCUGCUCAGCAGCAACGGAAGACAUGUCAGGCGGCACGCUGACGUGGAUCCAUCAUUUUAUUCACUUCUGAUAAAAACUAAUCUUUGUUCAGCAAUACGUGGCCU